GAGAAACUGUCAAAUAAUCCCUCCCACACCGUUUCAGUUUCUGGGAGGCAGGUUGCUUAAACAGUGCACCAAGCAAAAGUUGGUGCUUCAGAUCACGGAGAUCCUUAAAUAAGCUCUAUUUCUGCAAGAAACAAAACGCAACUUCUUCUGACCCAAUAGUUUUGAGAAGUGAGCACAUUUCCUGAGCCGUAUUCAGCUUGUGCUGGAAGGCUUCAGGCUUUCUCUGACCCAGCUGGGUGUGGUCUUGUAGGUAAGUGUUUAAGAAGCCAACCACGAAAGUCGGGGAUUUACUGUCAAAAACAGCUACUGAGCGAAUUGCUGAAUACAACAGAGAGAAUGGCAGAGGACCCCAAAAUCGAGCUGUUUAUUAAGGCCAGUGAUGAUGGUGAGACCAUUGGGAACUGUCCGUUCUCCCAACGUUUGUUCAUGAUACUCUGGUUAAAGAAAGUUGCUUUCACCAUUAACACAGUGGAUAUGAAGAGGAACCCAGACAUGCUUAAGGAUAUUGCACCAGGGAGUCAGCUGCCUGUCCUCAUUUACAACGGUGAUCUUAAGACAGAUAAUAACAAAAUUGAAGAAUUUCUCGAAGAGGUUCUCGCCCCUCCUAAGUAUCCCAGACUAAGUGUCAGAUACAAGGAAUCCAUGACUGCAGGCUAUAGCGUCUUCCAGAAAUUCUCAGCUUACGUUAAGAAUCCACUUCCUGAAAAGAAUCAGGCUUGCGAGACAGCAUUCCUGAAAGCAUUAGUGGAGCUGGAUCAAUAUCUGAACGCCCCACUGCCACAUGAAGAUGGAAGCUACUCAUCGAAGAGGUUAUUCCUGGAUGGAAAUGAGCUGACAUUGGCAGAUUGCAAUCUCCUACCCAAACUCCACGUGGUUCAGGUUGUGUGCAAGCAUUAUCGGAACUUUACAAUCCCAAAGGAGCUUUCAGGCCUGUAUAGAUACCUGAAGAAUGCGGAGAAAUGUGAAGAAUUCAUGAAUACCUGCCCUAAUGAGGAGGAGAUCAAGUUGGCAUAUCGAAAUGUUGCUAAAUAUUCAGAUAGACAUGGAGCAAAAUCAGUAACUGGGAGAUGAUGUUUCCCAGUUGAAGAUUUAAACUAUCAAACUUUGACCAAAUAUGACAUUCUUACAUACAUCACCAACUUCUACUGCUGGAUUUUGUUUAUUUGAAGUUUCCAUUCUUAGCAGGGCAUCAAGCCUCACUGCAAAACUGUAUACAUGCAACCUGCUACUCUGACCCAGGUCUCUAAGUCUCUUACAAUUGACAUCUAAGAAAUGAGGGGAAUGUACAACAGGGUUAAUGUUUCUAGUUAUAAUACAAUUCCCUCAAAAUCUCAACUUUGCCUGGGAAUUAUUUUACACCAUUUAUAGCAAGUCAGUCUUUAGAUCAUUAGUGCACUUUUUUGAGGAUUCCAAUCAUCUAACACUGACUCUGACUCUGACUCUGUAUAAAGUCAUCCUCACAAAACCACUGAACUCUGUCAUUGAAAUAUUGCCAACACAUCCCCAAAAAAAAAUUGAAGUUGACAAAAGUUAAUUUUGGGUAUUAUUUAAUAAAGUUUGUAGUUAAUGAGAGAAUUUAGAGGUAGUGUGGAUGGGGAGGUUGUUUUGUGCAUGUCUAGUCUCCAGAAGAAUUGAGAUGUUUCAUGACAUGGACACCAAGGUUUUGUGGAAUUAAAAAUGUACACUUUCUCAAAGAAAACUGUUGUUCUAGAAGUCUACAUGUAGAGUUUGCAGCUUGGUGGGAGUCAAGAUGAAAAUGAAACAUUUUGGACAAACUAAAUUACGAAAGAAAGUAAAGUGGGGGGGUUAAAAAAAUUGGAAUAAAGUCAUGUUAAGGCAAGUUUUACCUCUUUCUAAUGAAUUGCCAAUUCCCUCCCUAGCACUACCUGCAUCCCAUGGACCACAGUGGUUCAAAAAAGGCAGCUCACCACCACCUUUGCAAAGGCAGAUGGUGGUGGAUAAUAAAUGGUGAGCCAGCCAGUGAUGCCCACACCCACCUUCAAACACUUUUUUUAAAAAAUUGCACUGUUGAAUUGAAAUAAUACAAUAAAAAGUGACUUGGAGCUUUGCUGUAUUUAGCGAAGAUCCAGCAACAUAAAUCAAUCAUUAAGAUGUCCAGCUUGAUUAAACUGCUGAUCACGGAGACAGUGUGAUUUAUUAAAGAGGGAAGUAAUUGAAUGUAUGCAUUUAAUUUCCCAACUUGCAUCAGAUUUCAGCCAUUUUUGUGAGGUUGUCUGUUUAAACAAUUCAAAGUACAGUCUUAAUUAAGUCAGAAUGUUACAUAGUAUGGUUACAAUGAAUCACUUGUGUAAUGAAUUUAACUUUGAGAUUUUUUUGUUACAGGCUAUGACUUAUGCUGCUUAAUUUUCAUUCUUAGGGGGACUCAAUAAUUCUGGGAAAGCUAUAUUAAUUAUCAUUGAUUAAUGCUGAUGAAGGACGUUAUCAAAUUCCCAUUCUGCUGCUAGAAAAACUUCAACCGUGAUUAUACGUGUCCCACAAAUUAGAAUUAUUCCAUUGACGCCAAGGUAGCCAUGAGGAGAUUAUCUAGCGAUAGAUACAUGGUUGCAUUGAUUUCACAACCUCAGGCUGUUGAAAACACUUCAAUAGCAACAUUUUGAGGUUUUUGCAACCACUUUCCAAGGAUUGCCCUGUGAGGCAGUGACGAACAUGAGGUGUGAGCGAGGUAUUUUUUCUAAUCAAUCUGUGUAGAGAUGUCAUUGUAAACCUGUGAAUUAAGUGCCAAUUUGAACUCGGGGUGAGGACGCUAUCACUGCACAGUGAGGGGGCCCCUGUUCUGCCCAUUCCAAAUUUGUGGUUGGGACUUUAUUUUGGCAGGAAGUGGGUCUGAAAACUUUGCGUUUCCUAUUAACUGUCAGGAAUAACAGCAGUCACAAUAUAUUCACUCAUUUGUUUAGUAGUCCAGAGCUUGUAUGUUACUGAGGCUUUUGACUUUUAUCAGGAUAAACACAAGAAUGUCAAAAUUCAAACAAUCACCACAUUUUGUACAAGAAGAGAUAAAGGUGGGGGAACAGAGGGUGCUGAUUGGGUGGUGAGUUAAUGCUGGUGGAGAUGUUGUUAUGGGGAAAGCAACAGGGAGCUUGAGGCUUCCAUUUAAUCUACAAAGGACAAGCCAGGAAAAGGGGGCCCUGAGUAUGAAUAUAUGUUGCUUCUAGCAAGUGAUCUACAUUACAAGCUGGACCGAUUACUAGUCAGUUGCAUUUUCACCUGGGGUGCAAAUUGCUGUGACCUUUCAAAAUUUGGAGUUCUUGCAGGAGUUGGGAUAUUGCUCUUCAUUUUUAAAAAAUGGUGAGAUAUUUGAGAGAUUGAAUGCCAUUGAUGGAGUGGAAAUUAUGAGGCUUUUUCCCAGGGUGGAGGGGUCAAUUAUUAGGGAGCACAGGAUCAAAGUUUUUUUUUAUUUGGGGUGGUGGGAAGCAGUUUUAAGAGAUACACGAAGCAUGUUUUUCACACAAAGGGUGUUGAGUUCCUGGAAUGCCAGAGGGGGUCGUGGAAGUGAGCACAAUAGUAGCAAUCCAGAAAUACUUGGACAAAUAAAUGAAUAGGAAGGGAAUAGAGGGAUAAGGAGUCUAAGUGAAGACAGUUUUAGUAUGGAAGGGCGAAAUGUGUCAGCGUAGGCUUGUAUAGGCAAAGGGCUGUUCCAGUGCUGUAUUGUUCUUUGUGUCCUGAUGGUGCAAGGGCAAUAAUAUAUGGAAAUGUGUGAAACGGUUCUUCUGGUGCUGCUCUGAAAUUGGGGUGGUGUCACGUCCCUUCCACUGUUUAACGUGAGCACUUUGCUGCUACAGAUGGUUUGGGCUCUGUGAGCAUUGAAUAUUAGUUCAGUUGCACGUUACCCUCCUGUCCAUGUGAUCGAGAUGGAAUGACCUGCCUCUAACAGCUCUGCACAGUCAAAAAUCACAUUAUAACAUUCCAAACGAUUGUACAAUUAAUGAAGAAAUGUGUCUUUUAAAAAAAAUCAUUUUUGUUCAUGCUGCAAUGAUUUUUGUCACGGAUUUGUUCAAAUUUUGUGCCUCAGAGAUUAACUUGCAAAUCCUCAUGGGGUUGGAAAUGCCAGUCCAGUUAUAUUUAAAAGUCCACUGUAUGAAAUACUUCUAGAUCUAGACACUGAAACUUACACCCUGAUUUUGCUGUUGUAUUUUUACAGUUUUUUAUAUUAAUAAUCAGUGCAAACUGUAGAUUAACAGACUACAGUACUGAUCUGAGUUCAGCAUACAUACUCAGAAGACUGUCUGUCCGUGCACAACACAGUAUGGAGCUUGAGGGACACAGCAGGUCAGGCAGCAUCAGAGGAGCAGGCAAGUUGACAUUUCGGGUCAGCACCUUUCUUCGGAAUUCUGACUCCAGCAUCUGCAGUUCUUGCUAUUUCUGAGUCUGCCCACAGAUGUCUGAUUCCCGAGUUGUUGGGGUUUCACUAAGAGAUCAAACUUUUAAGUGUAUUUAGUGUUUCUUUAAACUUUGUAUGUUGUUAGUGGUUUUACCAAGAAUAAGCUAUCUUUAUCAUUUCUGACUUAUUACUUCUGUUGUGCAAUUCAAAAUAAGGCAAAAUUAUACAUCUAUUAAUAAAGUUGAGUAUUUUAGACAAGUGCUUUUCAUCACAAUUCCCACUGUUUGGAGGAUCCCCUUUUCAUAUUUACUGAGAACUUGCUUCACUUUCCCAUGCCCUAUUCCCUUCUAAAUCCAGCACAGAAGUCAGCCAAGAAAGACCUUCAUUCCAAGUACAAUCGCUAAGGAAUCUUGCAUUAGCUAAUAGACUAGGAAGUGUUGGGAAUGCUCCAGUUAGUGUCAGUUUACCAGUUUAGAGAUGAUCAAAAACCAAUCAAAGUAGCAAAUUUUUUCAAUUCAUUGAUCUCCCAUCCCUAACUGGUUAAGAGUCAACCACAUUGCUGUGGGUCUGGAGUCAAAUGUAGAUCAGACCAGGUAAGGAUGGCAGUUUCCUUCCCUAAAGGCCAUUAAUGAAUCAGAUGGACUUUUCCUGACAAUCAUUCAACAAAUGGACUCAUGGCCAUUAUUAGAUUCUUUGUUUCAGAUUUUUAUUGAAUUCAAGUUCUACCAUCUGCCAUGGCAGGAUUUGGGCCCGCGUCCUUCCCUAGUUCACUGGAUUAACAGUCCAGUGAUAAUACCAUUAGGCCAUUGUCUAUCCAUGUUUAUUCCUGCUUCAGGGUGCCUGUGAAUGGGUAUCAGACAUGGGUAGAAUUUGGUGUCUUUAGGCUCUUCUACAAUGGCUCCGAAACACGCAACCUCCACUGGGACUUUGUAAAAGCACCAGAUACAGUGGGAAACUAUUAUUUCCACAUUAAUUCCCAAACACUCAUGGAUAUCUUUGUGCCUUCAUUACUGCUGGGCCAAAAUUCUUGCUCAACAGGAGAGUGGGACAAUAUUCCCUCGUUGGCACGUGAAACAGCUUUCAGUGCAAAUCGAGCAACUUGUGCAUGGAAACUUUCAGGUUGCUGCUCAAAGAGAAGGUGAGUUGCCAGAGGUUUUUCAAGAGCAGCUGGGGAUAGAUAGAAAAAUACCCAGCGACGUUCACAUCCCAUCAUUUAAGAGGGAUACUGGCACCAGAUCAGACAGGGAAGAAAACUUUGGGUGAAUGGUAAAUGGCUCAAAAACUAAGUAGUGUCUCAAAUGCACUUUUUAAAAAAAUUCUUAUAUUUUGCAUCAUGCUCAUAUCAUUGUGUAUCCAUGGAUAUUCAUAUCACACUCUAAUCCUUAGUAUCAUAUAUUUAAGAUGUUAUCCCUUUCUGUCUGUUAGUCUCUCAAGCAAGAGGGACAUUAUACAGGCUGGAGUCUGUGACAACAAGGGAGGUGUACUGCAGUGACCAUCGGCUGAUUCUUCCUCUGUUAGCACGUUGGAAGAAUACGUAGGUUAAUGGUCUGCGUUUGGCCCUGUUACAAAUACACCUUUUAUGGUCAAUAGAUCCUGGAAUGGGACUUGUACCCAAGGCAUCUGGCAUGGAGGCUGGGAUAUCACUCAUUGUGCCACGUUAAACAAAUCCACUGCUCAUGAAACUAUUAGUGGUGUAGCUGAAUUGUUUGUGUAUCCUUGAAUAAAACCCUGUAUGUUACGGGCAAGAUGGUUUGGAGUCCAUCCAAGAUUCCCUUGGAAACUCUGGCUAACCGGCCGACAUUAUUCUGAACAAAAAAAAACAUUUGAUGUUCAUUCUUAUGAGUUUCUAGCUAGCAGUUAUCAUUCUACGUGCAAGACACAUCAUCAGUUUCAUUUGCUGAGAAUUGGUUUUGUUGUUUCAAAGCUUCCAUGUUGUUGAAUUAUACUCACAUUUAGAAAUAAAUGAGUUAUUUAUUGUAACAUAAAUCUUGAAGGAUACA